AUGACGCAUGCUCGGAGGAAGUCUCUGCCCCUGUUGAGCUCUCUCCCUACUGGCCGGGAACCACUUCGGGUGGAGGGCAAGAGGAUGGAGCGGCAGGAGGGCAAUGAGCCAGGGACUGCUCCAGAGGUCCCUAGCCUCCCCAGUCUCCAGGACCUUAGAAAAAAUUACCCCCUUCGCAAACGGCUCCUGGGCCCAGGCAAGCCUAAGACCUGCAAAGUGCUAUUGACCCGCCUGGAGCAUGUGGCUAGUCCCCGGGGCAAAGAGGCCUCCAGUUGGGCUGAGGAGCUGCAGCCACUACCACCUGGCUUGCCUGAGACUCCUGUCCCAGGCAAAGGUGAGACAGGUGGGGAGCAGGAUGCUGGGACUGAUAACACCCUUCCAGAGGAACCACGAAAGCGACGUCUGGCUUCUCUCAAUGCUGAAGCCCUCAAUAACCUGCUCCUAGAGAGGGAUGAUGGGGCCGGACUUGCUGCUACCCGGCGAUGCCGAGCAGAAACCAGGAGGGCCCGGGAUAAAGUAAGUGGGAGUUGGGCCUCACCAGAGAAGCCAGUACCCAAAAGCUUUAAGGGACGGAGCCGACCCCGGGCAGGAAGACUCAAGGGUAGUAGCCAGGAUAUUCUGCCUGAGGAAGUAUUUGAAGACAGUGCCCGCCGGGAAGGCGAUACUGCUCCCAAGAGACUGGCCAGCCUGAAUGCAGCAGCUUUCCUCAAGCUGAGCCAGGAGCGGGAACUGCCACAUCGAGCCCCCCGAAACCACACCGAUGGGGAUGUUCGGCCUGACGCCAUAGGCCCCAAGACCCUGAGGCUUAAAUGGGCCAAAGCCAAUCGGAAAACCUGCCUGAAGGCUAGGCAGGAAGCUGGUCUAGUGGGGACUGAGGGACUGCCCAGCUGGCAAAUACCCCCUGAAGGAACCUGGCCUCCAGCCUCCUCUUCUGGCUCCCCUAGGUUAUGUGGCAAAGGAGAAACCCUACCUUAUGAACCCUUGAGCCACUCUUAUGAGAGCCCUGGGGACCUGUACCACCGGCUGCCCCUGCUGAUGGGCGGGCAGGCUGCCAUGAAGCCAGAGUAUGGGCGCCCGGGAGAGAAGUCUCCCACUCCCAAACAAGAUCUACACCAACCCUCGUUCCCUCUCCCCCAGCUGCCCCCGAUGCCCGUGCCCGGCAACCACUCUGACUUCGGCUGCUUCUAUGGUGGCCCUGAGCUUACCACAUUGAGUGGGGUCUACUUGUACUACGGUCAAAGCGGACUGCAGUGUGGGGGCUACUCGCCCUGUCCUGUAUUCCCAGAGGGGGGAGAGAUGUCCCCUUCUGCCCCUUGUGAAGGGCUUCUGGUGGCCCCCAGCUCCCUGCCCACAGGGACUCCUUUCCAGCACCCUCCCUGGUGUUCAUCACGCUACUGCUGUGGAGAAGGAGAAGGAGGAAAUGGCUACAGCCUCUGCGGGGUUCUCCCCGUGCCCCUUAAUCAUGUCAGCAGCCUCCAUGCCACUCGAAGCAGCUGUCCCUACAAAAUGCCUUUUGCAGCAGAGGGCUGCAGGUCUCUGGACCAGCUGGACCUCACGAUCCCUGUGGCUGGCCAUCCAGCUUCGCCUGCCCACCCCCUCUCAGGAUGUCCUGUGCCCAAUGUGCCGCCUGCAGCUGAGCCCGUCCCCCAUCUGCAGACACCCAAUUCGGAGCCCCAGACAAUGGCCCGGUCAUGCCCACAAAGUGCAAAGCCUCCUAGUGGCUCCAAGUCUGGCCUGCGCACGGCACCCAGUUGCCUGCACCCCACUGAAACCAAGGCAGUGAGUGGGCACAGCCACACGAAGCAGCAACGCAUCCAGCGUCGUCGGGCCACCAAUGGCUGGGUGCCUGUGGGGACUGCCUGUGAAAAGGCUGUAUAUGUCGUGAAUGAACCAGCACCAGCUAUCCGAAAGAGCUACCAGGCAGUGGAGCGUGAUGGAGAAAUGAUCCGCGUCCGAGAUACAGUCCUUCUGAAGUCUGGACCACGAAAGAAAUCCAUGCCCUAUGUGGCCAAGAUCUCUGCUCUUUGGGAGGACCCAAAAACAGGAGAGCUGAUGAUGAGCCUACUGUGGUAUUAUAGACCGGAACAUACUCAGGGAGGCCGAAAUCCCAGCAUGCAUCAGAAUGAGAUCUUUGCAUCCCGCCACCAGGAUGAGAACAGUGUGGCCUGCAUUGAGGAGAAGUGCUACGUCCUGACGUUUGCAGAGUACUGCAGAUUCUGUGCCUUGGCAAAACGUCGGGGUGAAGGUCUCCCUGGCCAGAGAGCAGCGCUGGUGCCCCCCUCGGUAGAGUACUCUACCCCACCCCACCGCACAGUGCCAGAAGACACAGACCCUGAACUGGUGUUUCUUUGCCGCCACGUCUAUGACUUUCGACAUGGCCGCAUCCUCAAGAACCCACAGUAGCCGCUCAUCCCCCAGCUCAAGGGGAAGAGCUGGCAAGGGGCACCUGGGUGGGGGGGUCCCCACUUGCCAGACUGGCUUCCCCAGGGCAAGGAUGGCAGCAGC